AUGAAAAAUUGGAUUUGGGUAUAUUUUUGUGUUGUUUUUUGUUCGAUUGUCGAUGGAUCGGUUAAAGAGAAAAAAUGCUCAAGAAAUAGGUGAGCAGAUUUUUGUUUGAUACGCGUUUUUAUUUUUUUUCAAGCUUGAUUCAAAAGUUGCUUUCAGAAGUAGCUAGGAUUCAGAAUUCUAAAUUUGAAUGUCCUAUUUUUCCGCCCAAAUUUUAUAUCGCGGGAAUUUUAAUUCUUCUAUAAAAUGUGAAAAGUUUUGAAUUAUCAUCUAAAUUUUAAUUUUUUGAUCCCUGGCUACCGUAAUUUGUAUUACAAUAUUUUUUUGAAGGCGCCAAAAGUUGAUUUUUCAAAUCUGGUGUUCGGAAAAACCUUUAAAUUUUCUUUAGAACUUAAAGUUACCCAAAUCUUCUUGUUUUUUCUCCGAGUUCAGCUUUUCCAACAAAAAAAUUUGUCUUCAAAAAAAAUUCGAUUAUUGGCGCCGUAUUCAAGCACAUCAUAUUACAAACCGCAAAACGUCACAUUUUCCCACGUGCUCCUUUUUGACCAAGACCAAUCUUGCUCAAAAAAUCAUAUAUUUUUUCAGCAUAAACCUUGGUGGUAUAAUUGAUACACUUCUCAAAGAUUACGAUACUCACCUUCUUCCUGAAGCCGAAGGUGUAAAUGUCACAAUCGAAUUACAUGUUCAAGGAGUUUCUGGAAUCUCAGAAAUCACUGGCGAUUUUUCACUGGAUGUUAUGUAUUCGGAAAUUUGGCAAGAUCCUCGAUUAGCAUUUAAACAUAUGAAUAUUUGUGCAACUAAUAUUACACUGAAGGUUAGUACUUUGAUAUUUGAGAGUCCACAUUUUCUCUCUAAAAACUCACUUUCAGUCUGAUUUUCGAAAACGAAUCUGGACUCCAGACACUUGUAUAAUCAACAGUAAAUCGAGUUCAAUUCAUUCAAGUCCGAGCGAAAACACAUUCGUUAUUUUAUAUGAAAAUGGCUUGGUUUGGUCGAAUUUCCGAUUAAAUGUCAAAACACCGUGUUCAGUGAAUCUGAAAAUGUUCCCAUUCGACUCACUUUCAUGCGAAAUAGUUCUAGAAAGUUAUUCAUUUAAUACAGAUGAAGUUCGGCUAACUUGGCACGAUGUUCCAAUUACAAUGAUGGAAAAAGUUGAAUUACCUGAUUUUGAUUUGAUUGGUUGGUCAACUGAUCAUCAAAGAUUGGAGUAUCCAAAUGGAAUUUGGGAUCGAGCAAAAGUUAAAUUCACAUUUGCUAGAAGAUAUGGAUUUUAUUUGUUUCAAUCUUAUUUUCCAACUUCUCUCACUGUUAUUUCCUCAUGGGUUGGAUUCUUUUUCGAUGUCAGAUCGGUUUCAGCAAGGUUAGUUUUGGAUAGUGUAAAUGCAAAGUCCAAUUUUGUGUUGCAGAAUAACCCUUGGUGUUUCAUCGCUUCUCGCUCUCACAUUUCAAUUCGGAAAUGUUCUUCGUCAUUUGCCACGUGUCAGUUAUAUCAAAUGUUUAGAUGUUUGGAUGAUAUUUUCGGUGAUUUUCAUUUUCUGCACAUUGGUCGAAUUAGCAAUUGUUUGUCAAUUAAAUCGAUGGGAAAGAGAAAGACAAAUUGGAUCGAAAGUAUUGGGACAUUGGUUGAAUCAAAUAAGAAAAACGAGAAAAAAAGAGCCGAAAGAUGAAGAAAAAUCACUUGUGAGGAAAAGAAUUCCAGUUUUAUCGCAAUUAAAAAGUGGAGGAGGUGGAGGAGGAAAUAAUGGAGAAGUUGUGGAUUCGCCUGACACAAAACAGAUUUGCAAUAACUUUCAAUCGGUGAGUCAUUCGGAGUUAUGACGUGGAAAAAUAUAUAGACAAGUAUUUAUAAUGAGAACGCAUAAAUUUCAAUAUUUUAUGAGAACUUCUUAGAAAGUUUAUUUUGAGAGUCAAACUUUCAGAGAGAAAAUGAUCAGGGAAAAUCUGAAUUAAAAUUUUUCUGGAACUUUCUGAACCCAAAUUUAUUGCUGAAAACUAGGCGUUUGAGAUUGUUAGACAGAAUUUCAGACAUUUUUUUGAACUUUCAAAAAAGUCUAGACACAUCUCUACAUUUUCAAUUUUUUCAAACGUAUCAAAUUUCAAGUUUUCUCAUAAACUUAAGUUUCAAAAACUUUUUAGGCUGAAAAUUAAAGUUGAACUGACAAAUUUAAAUUUUACAAGACUCUUCAAGUUCUAAAUAAAUAGUUUGCAGAUCGAACACGAAACAUAUGCGUAUGAAAAGAAGUCGGGUUUCUGUCAACGCAUUCAAAGAUUGAUUUAUUCGUGUUGUCCGCCAGAUCGAGAUUGGACAGUUACUUCUGUUCAAGUUGAUCGUUGCUCAAUGAUCAUGUUUCCAUUGUCUUUUUUGAUUUUCAAUGUUGUGUGAGUUGAACUUUGCAAAUUUUUGAAGUUAACAAAAUUGAUUGGUCGCAGAAAUUUUUUCUUUCACCAUAAAAUUGUUGGGACUGAAAAUUGAAAUCUUCCAUCAAAACUUAGCCUAACUCAAUUCAAAUUUGCAGAUACUGGUCAAUAUAUUUCAUGAAAAUGGACCGUCCAAUGUGA